GAUUAUCAUCAAUCGUGAAUCCUGCGCAGGUUCGUUCCCGUCCCUAUAUAAGUUGGAGCCCGCGGGACUGGGGCAUAUUACUGUGCUGUGCUUUCUACUGUACUCACAUCAACUCCUCAUCAUGAAGACUUUUAUCGUCCUCGCUGUCUGCCUAGUCUUGGCUCAGGCCCUGACCGAUGAGCAAAAGGAGAAGCUGAAGAAGCACAGGUCGGAGUGCAUGGCUGAGACCAAAGCUGAGGAGCAGCUUAUCAACAAAUUGAAGACCGGCGACUUCAAGGCCGACAAUGACAACCUGAAGAAAUAUGCACACUGCAUGCUGGUCAAAUCUGAGCUGAUGACAAAGGACGGCAAGUUCAAGAAGGAGGUCGCUCUCGCCAAAGUCCCCAACCCUGCCGACAAACCCGCCGUUGAGAAACUGAUCGACGCCUGCCUGGCCAACAAGGGCAACACACCCCAGCAGACUGCCUGGAACUACGUCAAGUGCUAUCACGAGAAGGACCCCAAGCACGCCAUCUUCCUGUAAACGAUCAGCCACUACACUGUGAAUGCGCCAGAUUCGUCCCACCAUCACUAAAUACCUCUUAGGAUCUCACUACAACCAAUCAUGAUUCCCCGAACUGGCACACUCAUUAACAUUUCGUAUUUGUGGCAUUUAUUCUCAUUUUAUAAUUACACAAUUCGUUUUCUCGAAAAAUAUUAUUAGAAUUAUAUCAGGGUUUUUUAUUUUUCGGUCUACUUACUUGUAGUAAUACAGAGUUACUGCCUAAACGAAUUUAUUUUAUUGAUUUCAUCAUUAAAUUUUGGUUUCGCAA